AUGAGUUUAAGUGCAGCAGCAGGUGGAUUCCUCGUCCUCCUUCUCUCCGUAUCAGUGGUGCAGAGUCAGGCUGGCUGGGGAGUGACUUACCCCUCUACUCAGAUCUGUGCUGUAAAAGGAUCAACAGUGGAAAUACACUGCACCUACACACACCCACACUGGUCCACUGGAACAGGCCUGAUCAUCACAGUUGAGAAAACAUUUUGGUUUACUAGAAACACUAACGUUCCUGUGGAUCUGACAACAGAGAGACAGUAUUCAGGUCGUGUGCUGUACAAAUGUCAUGAGAAAAACUGCACUCUGAGAAUCUCAGAUCUGAGAGAGAGCGACUCAGCUAAUUACAAGUUCAGGUUCAUUACAAACCAUCCAGGUGGAAGUUACAUCGGUGAACCUGGAGUCACUCUGUCUGUCAAAGAUCUGAAAAUACAAAUCAAGAACAGAUAUGCCAGGAAAGAGCUGGGGUGUUACAGCACGUGUCCUUUACCUGAUUCCUCUACAUAUGUCUGGUACAAAAAUGGACUUCUCCAGGUGCAGGUGACCAGAAUCUCAGUUCAUGAGAAUCAAAACUCUGUACAGCUGAAGUGUCACAGCAGCUGCAGUCCACCUGGUCACCAUUCCUACGUCUGGUUCAAGAAUGGACAGAAAAUCCAGAGAACAUCUCAUAAUGCAGAUAAUGGGGAUUCCUACACAGGCUUGAUUAAUCCUCAAGACAGAAUCUCCUGUGCUGUAAAACAACAUGAACAACAUGCUUCUCCUGCAGUGUAUGCUCCAGAUUCUGUCUCAGUGUCAGUGGAUCCGUCUGGUGUGAUAAUGGAGGGAACUUCAGUGACUCUGGCCUGCAGCAGUGAUGCUAACCCAGCAGCUAAUUAUACCUGGUAUAAAAACAGAAAUCCAGACCAACCUGUUGGUAAAGAUCCACAUCUCAUCUUCAGCUCCGUCCAGCCCUCUGAUUUUGGAGAGUAUUACUGUGAAGCUGAGAACCAGAUGGGGAGAAGAAGGUCUGGUUACACACUUGAUGUAAAAUAUGCUCCAAGACUUCCCUCAGUGUCAGUGAGUCCGUCUGGUGUGAUAAUGGAGGGAACUUCAGUGACUCUGAGCUGCAGCAGUGAUGCUAACCCAGUAGCCAGUUCCACCUGGUAUAAAUCAAACCGAACACCUCUUUAUGGACCGAAAGAGCUUUAUCUUUUCACCUCCAUCAGUUUGAAUGACAGCGGGAUCUACUACUGCCAGUCUGAGAAUAAGUAUGGACGAAUGAACUCCUCGUAUGUGCAGAUAGACGUCCAGUAUGCUCCAAAGACCCCCUUUGUGUCUGUGAGUCCUCCUGGUGAGAUUGUGGAGGGCAGUUCAAUGAAUCUCACCUGCAGCAGUGAUGCCAAACCAGCAGCAAAUUACACCUGGUACAAGGAGAAUGAGCCAUCACCAAGAGUAACAGGAGAAACGUUCACAAUAGUCAACAUCAAACCUCAACAUGGAGGGAAUUACUACUGUGAAGCUCGGAACAGCUGGGGACAUCAAAACUCCACCUUACAUUUGACUGUUCUGUCACAUUCAUUGAAAUCAGCUGCUGCUGGAUCCAUCACUGCUCUUCUCAUGGCUGUGAUAUUCCUGUCUGUCUUCAUAUUCAUUAGAAUAAAGUGGUCCUCAAAACAAACCUCAGAGUCCAGAGAGAGACCAGAAAUGGAUGCAGAGCCAAAUGAGUCCCCGGACUAUGAAAACCUGUCUGCUGCAGUGUCCAGAAAACAAGGAGAAGAUCAGGACGAUGUUCACUACGCCAGUGUGCGUUUCCAUGGGAACCAAGAAGAUCCUCUAUACUCCGUCAUCAUUGAACCCAAGAAACAAAAGGAUGACAAAGAGGAGGAAGACGUGGUGUAUUCUCAUGUCAAAUUAGCUCAUCACAAAACUGAUGAUUUGGACGUUUUGUAAAAAAAAAAGUUUUAAUGAGAGCAUGUUUUCUGUCUCACUGUAUUUGUUAUGACUGUGUAUUAAUAUAUUCCCUUUGAAUAUUCUGUUUAUUAUUUUAAAG